CUCACCGAAUCCUAACCAAAACUCCACAUGACCACUCCCUUUUUCAUUUAAGACUCUCUCUCUCUAAUCUCUAUAAACAUAACAUACUAGCUUCGUGUAACCCACCAAAGCCGUUUUAAUUUCCAUAUGAUCAUAAUACAACAGAACCAUCCUUAAGCUCUCCCACAACACUCUGGAUCACAUAGCAUAAUCCUUUUUUUUAUUUGCCAUCUCAGUACACAACUUUUGCUUAAUUUUGUGUCUCUUCUUUUUUUCUCUGAUCUGCUUUGUCUUACUCUUGCUUCCUCAACUAAUCCCAUUAAAUUCUCUUCAUUCAAUGCCUGCAAAAUUAGGUGUGCACUCCAUAUAUAUGGAGAGAUAGAGAGGGUUUUCUAGAGUAGUUUCCUUGGGGGAAAAAAUAAGAAAAAUGAAAAUGGGUGUUUUUACCAUCAAAGUCUCAACGACCUCUCAGGGCAUUUAUGGUACUGCGUCUGAUUGCUAGAUAGAGAGAAGAGGCAAUGGUGCAAUUUUAAGAAACAGUCUGUCCUUAAUAAUUGCUUCCAAUACAUUUCUCCUAUAAAUCUCCUUUAUAAUUACACUCCAUUUUUGUACUACCACUCCUCCAUCCCUUACCAUCUCUGCAUUUCUCUUCCAAUAAGUCACCCCCCCAAAGCCUCCAUUUCUUUCACUUUCUUGUACGUUGAUCUUACUUCUCACUUCUGCUCAUGGUUGAAAACCCAAAAGCUUCUAUCCAGCAAAACAGAAUCUGGGCUUGCAUUUGUGCAAAGUUUUUAUUUUCCUAAGGUAAGCAAGCCUUCUCUUGAUAUGCUAUGGACGCAUCUACCGCUUUAAUGCUUUUCUCGGCUGUCACUGCUUACUUACUGUGGUUCACCUUCAUCUGGCGGUCAUUAAAGGGCCCACAUGUAUGGCCCUUAUUGGGCAGUCUCCCCGGCUUGAUCGAGAACUGUGAUCGCUUGCAUGACUGGAUCUGUGACAACCUACGCGCCUGCGGUGGCACGUACCAGACGUGCACCUGUGCAAUUCCCUUUCUGGCCAAGAAGCAAGGUCUCGUCACCGUCACCUGUGACCCGAGAAAUAUAGAGCACAUCUUGAAAACCCGAUUCGAUAAUUACCCCAAAGGCCCCACCUGGCAAGUCGUCUUCCAUGAUUUUCUUGGAGAAGGGAUCUUUAACUCUGAUGGAGACACGUGGCUCUUCCAGCGUAGGACUGCUGCACUGGAAUUCACCACCAGGACUCUGCGCCAAGCUAUGGCUCGAUGGGUUAGCCGAGCCAUAAAGUUGAGAUUCUGCCCAAUUCUUGAAACCGCUCAACUCAAGGGCGAGCCGGUAGAUCUUCAAGACAUUCUGCUUCGGCUCACGUUCGAUAAUAUAUGCGGCUUGGCUUUUGGCAAGGACCCUCAGACAUGCGCGCCGGGGCUACCAGAUAACAUCUUUGCUUCGGCUUUUGACCGAGCCACGGAAGCCUCACUCCAACGAUUCAUUUUGCCUGAAGUGUUUUGGAAGUUCAAAAAAUGGCUUAGGCUGGGCAUGGAAGUGAGCUUGAGCCGAAGCCUUACCCAGCUCGACGACUACUUAACGGCGGUGAUCGAAGCCCGUAAAAAAGAGUUACUGGAUCAACAAAAAGACGAAAACCUCCACGAUGACUUGCUGUCAAGAUUCAUGAAGAAGAAAGAAUCCUACUCAGACACUUUCCUUCAACACGUGGCACUUAAUUUCAUCCUAGCUGGACGUGAUACGUCAUCGGUUGCCCUCUGCUGGUUCUUUUGGUUGAUCAUCCAAAACCCAUCAGUGGAAGAGAAAAUCUUAAGCGAAAUAAGCACCGUUCUGAUGCAGACUCGUGGUGAUGACGUGUCAACAUGGGUUGAUGAGCCAUUAGGGUUCCAGGAAAUUGAUCGCUUGGUCUAUCUAAAAGCAGCAUUAUCAGAAACCCUGAGGCUAUAUCCUUCGGUGCCGGAGGACUCAAAGCAUGUGUUAGCCGAUGAUGUGUUGCCGGAUGGGACGUUCGUGCCGGCGGGUUCAUCGGUUACGUAUUCAAUAUAUGCGACGGGAAGGAUGAGGUCCACGUGGGGUGAUGACUGCUUGGAGUUUCGUCCAGAGAGGUGGCUAACCCCAGACGGAAAGCAGUUCAUAAUGCAUGACUCAUAUAAAUUCGUAGCAUUUAAUGCAGGUCCAAGAAUUUGCUUGGGGAAAGGCUUGGCAUAUCUUCAAAUGAAAUCGGUGGCAGCAGCGGUGUUGCUGAGGCAUAGGCUGACGGUAGUGCCAGGAUUCAAGGUGGAGCAGAAGAUGUCAUUAACAUUGUUCAUGAAAGAUGGGCUUAAGGUUAACGUGCACGAGAGGGAUUUGAAGGAAAGUGUAGAAAGAUUAAAGAGGAAGGGAAAAGGAGGAGAAAUGUUGCAUGAGGGAAUUGGCGUUAGAUGUAACGGCGUGAGUGGGAGUGGAAAAGAAAUGGUAGUUGGUGUUGUUUAAGGUAUUUGUUUGGGUUGGUGAUGGGCAUUAAAGGAGGUGGAUCGCACACCGCGUGAUUUAGAGUAUUGCAGGUGGGAAGGGUGAGGCCCAUUGCUAUGUGAGUAUGAUUCUCACGAGUUUUGAAGACACACACAGUUCAUGGAGCUGCUCAUAUACACAGUACUGUCAUAAAUCAUACUAUAGGUUAGCUUUCAUUGCCCAUCGAGGGUGAGAGAGAGAGAGAGAGAGAGAGGAGGGUGAAGAAUAGAGUGAAUUUUUGAACUAAUUCUUGCUUUUUAUUAAUUUGUGGGCAAUCCUUGUGAAAUUUCAUAAAUUCUUUAUUUAUAUAUAUGUUGUUGUUCUUUCUCUUUCGUCUUAAUUUGUAAUUGCAUUAUUGAAUAAUAAUAUGAAAAUAACACUCAUAAAUUGAUACCGA